UCCUCCCAUCAGAUCAUUCCCGAUGUCUCUUUUGUUGUUAGCCGGGACAGCCUGAGGUCUGCUGGUACCGAAGGCUAGCAACUAGGAGUACCAGAGACAAGACCUCGCGGAUCCCUGCUUCUCCAAAGAUGGCCAGUUUCUCCAGCGAGGACCAGGCAAUGUUGCAGGCGAUGCUGAGGCAGUUGUUCCAGAGCGUGAAGGAGAAAAUCACGGGUGCCCCUUCCCUGGAGUUUGCCGAAGAGAUUCUUUUACAUCUGGAGGAAACUGAUGAAAAUUUUCACAACUAUGAAUUUGUGAAAUACCUCAGACAGCAUAUAGGCAACACUUUGGGUUCUAUGAUUGAAGAAGAAAUGGAAAAAUGCACAUCUGAUCAGAAUCAGGGUGAAGAAUGCGGCUAUGAUACAGUUGUACAGCAGGUCACUAAAAGAACUCAGGAAUCUAAAGAGUACAAAGAAAUGAUGCAUUACCUGAAGAACAUUAUGAUAGCUGUGGUUGAGUCUAUGAUUAACAAGUUUGAAGAAGAUGAGACACGAAAUCAAGAGAGGCAGAAAAAAAUCCAAAAGGAGAAAAGCCAUAGUUACUGCACAGACAAUUGCUCUGAUAGUGAUUCGUCAUUCAAUCAGAGUUACAAAUUUUGUCAAGGAAAAUUACAAUUGAUUUUAGACCAGUUGGAUCCUGGGCAACCUAAAGAGGUGAGAUACGAAGCCUUGCAAACACUAUGUUCCGCUCCUCCAUCUGAUGUCCUGAACUGUGAAAAUUGGACUACUCUCUGUGAAAAACUGACAGUGUCUCUUUCAGAUCCUGAUCCUGUGUUUAGUGACCGGAUUUUAAAAUUCUGUGCACAGAGAUUUUCGCUUUCUCCAUUACAUAUGACCAAGGAAGUUUAUACAAGCUUAGCUAAGUAUUUGGAGUCAUACUUUCUUUCUAGGGAAAAUCAUAUUCCUACUCUUUCAGCUGGUGUAGAUAUAACUAAUCCUGAUAUGACUCGUUUACUUAAAAAGGUUCGUCUUCUAAAUGAAUAUCAGAAAGAAGCUCCAUCUUUCUGGAUUCGUCAUCCAGAGAAGUAUAUGGAAGAAAUUGUGGAGAGUACUUUGUCCUUGUUAACAGUUAAACAUGAUCAAAGCCAUGUUGUCUCACAAAAGAUUUUGGAUCCGAUCUACUUUUUUGCAUUAGUUGAUACCAAGGCUGUGUGGUUCAAAAAGUGGAUGCAUGCACAUUAUAGCAGAACUACAGUAUUAAGACUUCUUGAAAAGAAAUAUAAGUCUCUGAUAACUACAGCCAUUCAACAGUGUGUUCAGUACUUUGAACUGUGUAAGACUAGGAAAGCUGAGGACACCUUGGGACAUUCAAAGCACUGCAGAAAAAAGCAGAAAACUUUCUACUACUUAGGACAAGAAUUACAAUAUAUUUAUUUCAUUCACUCACUGUGCCUUUUAGGAAGAUUGUUGAUCUAUAAACAAGGCAGAAAAUUAUUUCCUAUUAAGCUGAAGAAUAAAAAAGGUUUGGUAUCCCUCAUAGAUCUGCUUGUUCUAUUUACCCAACUUAUCUAUUACUCACCAAGUUGUCCAAAGAUGACAUCAGCUACACUUUCAGAGAAUUACUCUCCUGCAAGUAUGGUGACUGAAGUUCUAUGGAUACUCUGUGAUCAAAAAGAAUGCGCAGUGGAAUGCUUAUAUAACAACAUUGUAAUAGAGACACUUCUUCAGCCUAUUCACAAUUUAAUGAAAGGAACUGAGGCAUCUCCAAAUUGCUCUGAGACAGCUUUAGUUCAUAUAGCUGGUAUUUUGGCAAGAAUUGCAUCUGUAGAAGAAGGACUUAUUUUACUCCUUUAUGGAGCAAAUAUGAACUCUUCUGAAGAAAGUUCUACAGGUGCUCAUAUAAUUGCCCAGUUUUCGAAAAAACUUCUGAAUGAAGAUAUUUCUAUAUUUUCUGGAUCAGAAAUGUUGCCUGUGGUUAAAGGAGCUUUUAUUUCUGUGUGUCGUCAGAUAUAUAGUACAUGUGAAGGCUUGCAGGUGUUAAUCACUUACAAUUUGCACGAAUCUAUAGCAAAGGUGUGGAAAAAGACAAGUUUGCUAUCAGAAAGAAUUCCUACUCCAGUAGAGGGUUCUGAUUCUGUUUCUUCAGUAAGCCAGGAAUCCCAAAACAUUAUGGCUUGGGAAGAUAAUUUGCUAGAUGAUUUACUACAUUUUGCUGCCACCCCCAAAGGAUUACUACUUCUUCAAAGAACAGGUGUUAUCAAUGAAUGUAUGACAUUUAUGUUCAACCAAUAUGCAAAAAAAUUACAGGUCAGCAGGCAUAAAAAAUUUGGCUGUGGAGUUUUGGUUACACAAGUGGCAUCAACAGCAGCAGGUGGCGUUGCACUAAAAAAGUCAGGGUUUAUUAAUGAACUUAUAACUGAAUUAUGGUCCAAUCUGGAAUAUGGAAGAGAUGAUGUUAGGGUAACCCAUCCCAGAACUACUCCAGUGGAUCCUAUUGACCAAAGCUGUCAAAAGUCUUUUUUAGCACUGGUGAACUUGUUAUCCUAUCCUACUAUUUAUGAGCUGAUAAGGAAUCAAGAUCUUCCUAAUAAAACAGAAUAUUCUCUUCGUGAAGUCCCAACAUGUGUUAUUGAUAUUAUUGAUAGACUUAUAAUUUUGAAUUCUGAAGCUAAGAUUCGUUCUUUAUUCAACUAUGAACAAUCACAUAUCUUUGGUCUAAGGUUAUUAAGUGUGAUAUGCUGUCAUCUGGACACUCUUCUCCUGUUAGAGGCUCAGUAUCAGGUAUCUGAAAUGUUAUUAAAUGCUCAAGAAGAAAAUAUCUUGGAGACUUCAGAGAGCAACAGGGACUUUAUAAUUGAUGGCUUAUCAGUGGAGAGAAAUCAUGUUCUUGUUAGAAUAAAUCUUGUUGGUGGGCCAUUGGAACGGGUUUUGCCUCCAAGGAUACUCGAAAAGAGUGAUAAUCCAUAUCCUUGGCCAAUGUUUUCAUCAUAUCCUUUGCCAAACUGCUAUCUGUCAGACAUUACGAGAAAUGCUGUCAUAAAACAAGUGAUGGGGCCAAAGAACAAGAAUACCAUAUUCUGUGUCUCUGGAGCUAUGCAGCGUUCAGUGAACAAUGAUCUUGGCAAGCUUUUAUUAUGCCUCAGAAUAUCUGAUAAACAAACUGAAUGGAGAGUAAACUGCCGAAGACAAUUUUGCAAAACGAUGAAAGCCAAACCUGAUAUAAUCAGUGGAGAGGCCUUAGUAGAAUUACUUGAAAAAUUUGUACUUCAUCUCACUGAAAGCCCAUCUGAAUGCUACUUCCCUUCAGUGGAGUAUACAGCUACUGAUGCAAAUGUGAAGAAUGAAAGCCUUUCAUCUGUGCAGCAGCUUGGCAUUAAAAUGACUGUCAGGUAUGGCAAAUUCCUCAAUCUCUUAAAAGAUGGUGCAGAAAAUGAUCUUACCUUGGUUUUAAAGCAUUGUGAGAGAUUCCUGAAACAGCAGCAAACUUCCAUAAAAUCUUCUCUUCUCUGCCUGCAAGGGAAUUAUACUGGCCAUGACUGGUUUGUAUCUUCUCUGUUCAUGAUAAUGUUGGGAGACAAAGAAAAAACAUUCCAAUUUCUUCGUCAAUUCUCCAGGCUUCUGACUUCUGCUUUCCUUUGGUUGCCAAGACUACAUAUUUCUAGUUACCUACCUGUUGACACUGUAGACUCUGGCAUCCAUCCAGUAUAUUUUUGCAGCACCCAUUAUAUUGAAAUGCUACUGAAGGCUGAGUUGCCUCUUGUGUUUUCAGCUUUUCACAUGUCUGGCUUUGCACCAUCACAGAUUUGCCUGCAAUGGAUAACCCAGUGUUUUUGGAAUUAUUUAGAUUGGAUAGAAAUCUGCCAUUAUAUUGCUACUUGUGUUUUCCUUGGUCCUGAUUAUCAAGUGUAUAUCUGUAUAGCUAUAUUCAAACAUUUACAGCAAGACAUUCUACAGCACACUCAGACUCAAGAUCUGCAAGUUUUCCUAAAAGAAGAAGCACUGCAUGGGUUUCGAGUGAGUGAUUAUUUUGAAUACAUGGAAAUGUUGGAACAAAACCACCGAACAGUGCUGCUGAGAGACAUGCGGAACAUUAGACUGCAGAGCACAUAGAUCAUGAGACACACAGUUUAAAUUUAUGUUUUGUUUAUUUUUAAAGGCAACAGGGCGGCUUGAUUGUUUUCUAUGUCUGUAACAACAUAUACUUUGUGAAUAUACAUAUUGUAAAUACUGAGAGUUUUUGAAUAUAAUGAUAUAUUUAAGUAGGUAUAAGCUCAAUUUGUGAAUUCAUUUUUGUAAGUUUGUUGUUUUGUAAGGUUAUUAUAGAAUCAGAUCUAGCUUACUUGCAGUUCUUAUUCAUAUUUAAGAGUAAGUCCUGGCCGUGCGCAGUGGCUCAUGCCUGUAAUCUCGUCACUUUGGGAGUACGAGGUGGGCGGAUCACGAGGUCGAGAGAUUGAGACCAUCCUGGCCAACAUGGUGAAACCUCA